UCCCUCAGUUCCAUUCUCCGCCGCCUCGCCACAGAAAGAGGGAGAAGACCAGAGAGCGAGCUCUCGCAGCGGGAGUACUCCGGGAGAUCCAGGGCGGCGAGAUGGUGCAGCGGCUGACCUACCGGAAACGGCACAGCUACGCCACCAAGUCCAACCAGACCCGCGUCGUCAAGACCCCAGGUGGGAAGCUUGUGUACCAGUACACCAAGAAGCGGGCGAGUGGGCCGAAAUGCCCUGUCACCGGGAAGAAGAUCCAAGGAAUUCCUCACCUGAGACCUACUGAGUACAAGAGGUCCAGGUUGUCACGGAACCGGAGGACCGUGAACCGUCCGUAUGGUGGUGUUCUGUCUGGUCCUGCAGUCCGGGAGAGGAUCAUCAGGGCAUUUUUGGUGGAGGAGCAGAAGAUCGUUAAGAAGGUGCUGAAGAUCCAGAAGACCAAGGAUAAGACCAAGAGCUAAACAAUAUGGCGAGAUAGGCAGCGCCGUGUUGUGUUUCUUCUGUAUUUGUUUAAGCAAUCUUGAAAUUUUCUCUUUGGAGUUGGGAGAGAUCCUGGAGUAACUUGUGAGACUAAUGUGGUUCUUUAUAUUUUGCGCGCUAGUUAUGGAUAUGCAAAAUCUUUUGGACUAACAAUUGGUGACAGUGCUGUUUAGUCGAAAUGUGUUUAUCUU